AUGGAAGCUGAAGAGUCUCCUCGAAAGGAAGAGUUUGUCAGACCGCCGCUAGACCUGUGGCAGGAUCUCAAGGACGGCGUGCGCUACAUGGUUUUCGAUUGCAGAGCCAACCUUAUCGUCAUGCCCUUGCUGGUCCUGUUCGAAAGCAUACUGUGCAAGAUCAUCGUCAAGAACGUAGCGUACACGGAAAUCGAUUACAAGGCGUACAUGGAGCAGAUCGAGGUCAUCCAGCUGGAUGGCGUGCGGGACUACUCGCAGGUGAGGGGCGGGACGGGUCCGCUGGUGUAUCCAGCGGGCCACGUCCUGCUCUACAGGAUCAUGUACUGGCUGACAGAUGGCAUGGACCACAUUGAGCGCGGGCAGGCUCUUUUCAGAUUCUUGUAUCUUUUGACGCUGGUCUUGCAGAUGGCGUGUUACCAUCUCCUGCAUGUUCCGCCGUGGUGUGUGGUGCUGGCGUGUCUCUCCAAGAGACUGCACUCAAUUUACGUGCUACGAUUGUUCAACGACUGCUUUACCACUCUGUUUAUGGUCGUCACGGUUUUGGGCGCCAUCUUAGCGACCAAGUGCCAGCGUCCCAAGCCAAGGAAGUUCCUCGCGCUACUGGUUACUGCAACAUACAGCAUGGCCGUUAGCAUCAAGAUGAAUGCAUUGCUAUAUUUCCCCGCGAUGAUGAUCUCCCUGUUCAUCCUCAACGACACAAGCCUUGUUUUGACCGUGUUGGACUUAAUGCUGAUGAUCGCAUGGCAAGCCGCAGUUGCACUGCCUUUCCUGCGCAAUUUCCCACAGCAGUAUCUGCACUGUGCUUUCAACUUCGGAAGAAAAUUCAUGUUUAAGUGGAGUAUCAACUGGCAGAUGUUGGACGAAGAGGCGUUCAACGACCACAGAUUCCACUUUGCCCUUUUGAUCAGCCAUCUGGUCGCCCUCAUCACGGUAAUUUUCGCAAGAUACCCUCGUAGCCUGCAGGAUUUGUGGUCGUCACUACGCCAUCCGCUGAGAAAAAAUGCCACAGCCACCACUAAUCCCGCCAGUACCGUUCCGUUCGUUCUGAUCGCAUCCAACUUCAUCGGUGUGCUCUUCGCAAGGUCGCUCCACUACCAAUUUCUCUCCUGGUACCAUUGGACCUUACCGAUACUGAUCUUCUGGUCUGGAAUGCCCUGCUUCGUCGGUUUCAUCUGGUACGCUCUGCACGAGUGGUGUUGGAAUUCGUAUCCGCCAAACUCACAUGCAAGCACCCUCUUGGUGGCAUUGAACGCUGUGCUCCUAUUGCUAUUGGCCCUGUCGCAGCUCUCAGGCUCGAACACCCCUAUCGAAAGUCCCGUCCGUACUAAACGUCUCAUGGAAAAGAAGAACGACUAG